GUCAAUUGAAAUCAAUAUAUUGAUUUUGCUGUCUACACUAGCCCCAGAAAGUUAGGGGUCAUAUGGUCAUAAUGACGUUUAAUCAUCUUUCAUUGUCCAAAAUACCCACCUGUUCUGUAUAUUAUGGGUGCCAAAGAAAGGGUAAGAACUAAGAAAGCUAAAGCCACCCUACCUAAACCUUACUAAGAAGUGAUUGCGUUUAUAAUUUUGUAACUUGGUAUCAUGGUACGGAGAACAUAGCUUCAAAGGAAUCAUCUUUCUUGUUCCUCAGGCUCUGAUAGACUAUAGGAUUUGCUGGUGGUGAUUACAAAUCACAGGCGUUUAUCAUGGUUCUUUUUCCAUCUUUUGUGAAUGGAUUGGCGAGAACCGUGUCAAUGAAAAAAGACAAGAAUUGUCAAAAGGAAGAUGGAAGGAAAGCUGUGGAAGAAUUGGCAAAGGAAGCAAGGAAGAAUGAAUUGUUAUUGAGUUCAUCUGGAGUUAUUAAGUCAACCAAGGCCAACAAUUUUGUUUCUGUGUUCACCAGUAGGGGCCAAAAAGGAGUCAAUCAGGAUCGUAUUCUUGUUUGGGAGGAAUUUGGUUGCCAACAAGACACGAUGUUCUGUGGAGUUUUUGAUGGGCAUGGCCCAUGGGGACACUUUGUAGCCAAAAGGGUCAGAAAACUAGUACCAGCCUUUUUGCUACGCAACUGGCAAGAAAAUCUGGCUGCAACAUCACUUGACCUGGAUUUUAAGAUAGAAGCAGACAAGAAUAUGCAUAGAUUGGACAUGUGGAAGCAAUCCUACAUAAAGACUUGUGUUGCUGUUGAUCAGGAUCUGAAGCAGCACACUGGGAUUAAUUCCUUCCUAAGUGGCACUACAGCUUUGACAAUUAUCAAACAGGGUGAAUAUCUUAUUGUAGCAAACAUGGGUGAUUCUAGGGCUGUCUUGGCAACUACUUCAGACGAUGGCACAUCAAUUCCACAUCAGCUUACCACUGACUUCAAACCAAAUUUACCACAGGAAGUAGAGCGCAUAACACAAUCUAAAGGGCAGGUCUUUUGUUUGGAAGAUGAACCAGGAGUGUACAGGGUCUGGAUGCCAAAUGGUAAAACACCAGGACUAGCAAUAUCUAGAGCUUUUGGAGAUCACUGCAUGAAGGAAUUUGGAGUAAUCUCUGUGCCAGAUGUGACCCAUAGAAAAAUUACCCCCAGUGAUCAAUUUGUAAUCUUGGCAACAGAUGGGGUGUGGGAUGUUAUAUCUAAUGAGGAAGCAGUGAAGAUUGUUUCUGCAACACCGCAUAAAGAAAAAGCAGCUCAAAGGCUCGUGAAAUGUGCCAUACAUGAAUGGAAACGCAAGAAAAGUGGCAUUGCCAUGGAUGACAUGUCAGCUAUUUGUCUAUUCUUUCACUCUUCCCCCACACAUCGACCCCCAGCCAUUAAAAUUGUUGAUUAAGAAUGUUGGAUGUUAAAUAGUUCAUUGUCUUUUCCUCUUAACACAAAAAAUAUAUGUAGACUUGUAUAUAAACUUAUCAAUUAAAAUGUCAUUUGUAAUUGAGUAUGAAA